AUGAAGUUCGCCACUCUACCCGUCAUCACCCUUGCUCUGGCCCUUGGGGCUUCCGCCCAGACUGCGGAUCAAAUCUCGUGCUGCAAGAACUACGCCGCUAAGGGCUACACUCUGGAGCUGCGCUCCGUAUAUCUAAAUGAUGGACGCUACAUCUUCUUCGAUACACUUUACCUUGGUGGCAAGCUAUAA